AAAAUCCACACCAUCCAGCCAAUCCCUUUUACAUUCAACCUGGAGACGGAGCUUCCUCCCCUCUGGUUCCUGAUAUACUUACCUCAGAAAAUUAUGUGACCUGGGCGAGAACGAUGCGCUGUGCUCUAAACAUAAAAAAUAAGCUUGGAUUCAUUGAUGGUUCCAUCGCCAAGUCCACCCAAACUUCCGACCCCCUCUUUGCACCAUGGGAAUGCUGCACUAACAUGCUCAUUGCAUGGAUACAACAUUCGGUGAGCACUGACCUCCGCUCAAGUAUUGCCCACGUAGACACUGCCGAAUGCGUUUGGAAUGAUCUUCGCGACCGUUUCUCCAUUCAAAAUGCUCCUCGGAUUUUUCAAAUCAUCAAAUCAAUUUCAUCAACGACGCAGGACACAGAUUCAAUUAGCCACUAUUACAACAAACUUAAAGUAUUUUGAGACGAGUUGGAGAUCUACGAACCGCUACCCACCUGCACUUGUGGAGCAAUCAAAACCAUGCUGGAUUAUUCUCAUCGACACAAAGUGAUGCAAUUUCUUUUGGGGCUUGAUAAUUCUUAAGAUUCUGUUCGUGCGCAGAUUUUAUUGCAUGAUCCACUUCCUGCUCUCAAUCAUGUUCUGAACAAGAGGAACGACGUCGCCAGCUGCAUACUGUGCCUUUACCUCUAUUCCUAGCUCCAAAAAUCUGACUCAGUCCAAUGUUUCUUGUGAUAUUUGCCCCCUUGCAAAACAACACCGAUUGCCAUUUCCAGAAGCCAAUCACCAGCUAACAAAGGCCUUUGACAUUAUUUCUGUUGAUAUUUGGGGUCCUAACCAAACACAAUCUUAUAAUGAUGCAAAAUAUUUUCUCACAAUUGUGGACGAGUUUACAAGAUGCACCUGGCUCUACCUUCUUAAAACUAAGUCAAAAGCUCGACAUUCCCUUUUAAAUUUCUUUGCUCUUAUUGAGACUCAAUUCAACACUCAAAUAAAAAUCAUUCGAUCCGAUAACAGUGCUGAAUUCCAAAUACCAGAUUAUUAUAACUCCAAAGGCAUUUUACAUCAAACAACUUGCAUAGCCACACCUCUGCCAAACGAAAACACCAACACAUCCUUAACGUAGCACGAGCCCUCAAAUUUCAGUCCGGUUUACCCCUUAAAUAUUGGUCUGAUUUUGUCACCACUGCAGUUUAUUUAAUCAACCGAACACCCACCCCAACACUCAACUACAAAACUCCAUUUGAAGCACUCUACCACGCAAAGCCAUCCUACACCCAUUUCAAAGUCUUCAGAUGCUUAUGCUUCGCAUCAACCUUGUCUCAUGCAAGAAGCAAAUUCAAACCAAGGGCUCAGAAAUGUUUGUUUCUCGGGUACCCCUAUGGUGUAAAAGGCUAUAAAGUGCUUGACCACACAACCUAGCAAAUAUUCAUCUCCCACGACGUCAUCUUCCAUGAAGAGAUAUUUCCUCUCAAACAACAAAACCCACUCACGUAUUCACCAAUCAAUCCUGGCCAACCCACAUAUUCACCUUUUGACACCUAUCCCUCGAAUGAUUCCAGCGACACAUCCAACAUUUUACCACCUCUACAUGCUUCGGAUUAUGAAAUCCAUACCGAUACAAAUACAUCACCUCCCAUCACACCUACGCCUAAAACCAUUUCUCCCUCCCCUAAACACACCAAUAAUUCCUUGGACUCCCCACCUCAUGCUUUAUCUCAUACUCUCCACGAAAUUGAUCCCUCCUCUACCCAUGAUGAUUCUUCUCAAGUACCUCGUCGAUCAAAUCAAACACGCCACGCUCCUGCCUACCUUCAUGACUACCAUUGCCAGCAAGCUUCAACAACCUCUUCUCCCAAUCGCCAUCCACGAUGACUACCUCUGGACACUCCUCAACAUCAGGUACAAAUAUUUCAUUUCCUCUGUUUUAUCUUAUACAUCUUUGUCACCUCAAUUUCAAGCAUUCACCACCUCUGUUUCCAUCAAUACCAAACCUACCACAUAUGCACAAGCAAUUAAACACCCACUUUGGUGUGAGGCAAUGGACCAGGAACUUGCUACCCUUGAGCUCAAUGAGACUUGGAACAUCGUCGAUCUGCCUCUAGGCAAGCGACCGAUUGAUUGCAAAUGGGUUUAUAAUCUCAAAUUCAAGGCUGACGACAUAGUAGAACGAGCUAAAGCUCGCUUAGUCGCAAAGGGUUUUACCCAGCGUGAAGUUGCUGCCAUCAAAGGCGACGUAAAUAACGCUUUUUUGUAUGCUGAGCUCGCUGAAGACAUUUACAUGAAGCCACCUCCUGGUUCCCUUGCUGCAAAAACUAAGUAAGUUUGUCGACUCCAAAAGAGCUUGUACGGCCUGCGAUAGGCUUCCCAUCAGUGGAAUGCAAAAUUGGUUUCAUCUCUUGCUGAGUUUGGCUUCGCCCAGUCAAAGGCUGAUUAUAGCAUAUUCGCGAAGUGCACCGAUACUUCUUUCGUCGCCUUACUCGUGUAUGUCGACGACAUUAUUCUCAUGAGUUCCGACCUCAAUUCCAAUCAGGCUAUUAAGCAAUUUCUAGAGACUAAAUUCCGCAUAAAGGCUCUUGGAGCAUUGCGCUAUUUUCUCGGAAUAGAAGUGGGUCGAACACAAGCUGGAAUUCAGCUCUGCCGGCUCAAAUAUGCGCUCGAUAUUCUUGCUGAAACUGGGCUCUUAGCUGCAAAGCCAUCUCCCUUGCCAAUGGAACCCAACCUCAAGCUUAAAAAGGAUGAAGGUGCCAUAUUUCAUGAUACAGCGCUCUACUGGAAAUUAGUUGGAAAAUUGCUUUACUUAACUCACACGAGAUCAAACUUGAGCUAUAGUGUUAAUUUGUUAAGUCAAUUUUUGGACACCCCAAGAGUGCCACAUUAUGAUGCUGUUGUUAAAGUCCUUAGGCACAACAAGGGUACUCCAGGGCAGGGCAUUUUUCUUCCUAACAAUUCGAUCAUGGAACUUGUUGCUUAUGCUAAUGCGAAUUGGGCCAAUUGCCCGGACACUCGUCGUUCAACAACA